AUGGUUGAAUCUUUAUAAAUUAGGUGAAAGUCCCAUAUGGGAUUUCAUCAUCAUCAUCAUCUGCAAUGAACUUUAAUCAUCAUCAUCAUCCGAUGGAGCCCCCUUCAAACCAAAGCUUUUAUGGUACUAGUACCAACGAUUAUACAUCUUUUUGGCCAGAAGAAGAUAAUAGGAUUGUUGGGAUGAAGAGACCGUACCCUUUUUCUAUGGACAAUCCAACCGGUCCUUCUUUCCGGAUCAGAUAUCCUCCUCCCCCUCCUCCACCACCUCCUCUCAAUCUUACUCAACCUCUUCCUCUUAUGUCUCUUCCUCUUCAUCUCCCUCCGUUUGCUGCUUCCAUUACUAGAUCAGAAGAAUCAGCUGCACUCCCUAAUCUUGAUUCAAGUAACUUGGUUUUCAGAGACAGGCAUUCUUCUGCAUUCCAAGAUAUAAGGAAACAAAUGCAAGCUAGUAGAGUCGACAAUGGCGAUUUCCUCUCAUUAGCCCCACCUUCAACAACUAACCACACUCGAGACACUCCUCCUGAGAUUGAAUAUCUACCAUGUCAAGGCGGUGGUGGGGAAGAGAUGGGAUCAAGGCAAAGACAACCAUUUUAUAGCUUCUUCCCUAGUGCAAAGGCACCAAGUGAUGAUCCAUCUGGAAGUAUGCAUGAAGGAGGUGGUAGUAGCAGCAGCAGCGGUGGAGGUGGAGGAGGAGCUGAGAAGAAACAUGUUGAUCUUAAUCUCAAGUUGUAG